AUGCCUAUAAGGCUGGAUACAUCAAUCAUGGACACAGAUCCAGAAUUCAGUUUGACCGGAAGUGACUUUGAAGACGCGGAUAUAGAAGAUCUUUCUGAUAUAAAUGAGAGUGAUUUUGAUCAGUGCAGCAUUAAAUCGUCAAACAUUUCUCAAAACGCAGAAACAACUGACGAGAAAGAGUCGAAGUCACAGAAAGAUGACGUUAAGGUGCCGAAAAAAAGGGGUCCAAAAAAGAAACGGAUGACUAAGGCUCGAGUAGCGAAAUUGCGCUUGCGUCGAGUGAAGGCUAAUGCCAGAGAACGUAACCGAAUGCAUGGACUCAAUGACGCACUAGAUGUUUUAAGACAACAUGUGCCUUGUUAUUCUAAAAACCAAAAACUGUCUAAAAUAGAAACCCUACGUCUCGCAAGAAAUUACAUAGGUGCCUUAGCAGAUAUUCUAAAAGCUGGAAUGAAACCUGAUUCCAUUACGUUCGCCAAAGCCUUGUCAAAGGGACUAUCUCAAAACACGAUGAAUCUCGUCGCCGGGGGACUUCAGCUGAACCCAAGGACUCUUCUUCCGGAGUCUUCAUAUGGGAAACCCUUUCAGUUUUAUUAUAGCAACUCGUACCAUUUAUCUCACAACAGUAACCAAUAUAAUCAGACAUUUAACUUUCAGACCUUUAAUCAGUUAUCUCCUAACCAUAUCAUAAGUGCCUCAGUUUCGCCCAAUCAGAUGCUUUCUUACUCUUCUCAUAUUCAUUCUCCUAUUCGAGGAGAUCCGUCUUGCCAAGUGUCCCCUUCGUCCAUUGGUUAUACCACAUCAAGUGACGCAAGUCCAAUUCAAGUGCCCAAAUCCUCCACGGUGCCUUCUCUUCAAGUCGAGGCUGUGACGUCGACAAACUUCAUGAGAUGUGACAGCACUGUUGAACCAUACAUGUGCGGCAUCAAUGUUAGAAAUCCGAACGAUAACGGAAUCUUCCCACAAGGUCACGUGUCAUCAUCUCAGGAUUGUAAUCCAUAUAUUAUACUAGAUGAAAUUUCGGAAUACCGACCUGAUUCCACCGUCAACCCGGAAAUGAACAUCAUCAGUGCCGCCUCUAACCUCUUUGACGUCACUGGUUAGGGGUCACAUCUCAAUCUAAGUCUGGUUUUGUGGUUGUUUCAAUGUAACGUCAUGAUCAAAGAAAAACACAAUAGUUAGGGCAUUUUUUUUUUAUCAUUUUGACUUUUGU